AAAGAAAAACCAAUCCAACGGUCAGGAUUCGCUGCUCCUAGCCACAGAAAGUAACGAUUACAGACUCUGAUUCAUCAUGUCUAGAACAGCAAUCGAAGGAGGAGGAAAAAGCUUUGACCUUAGCGACAGAUUUGUGUUCUCCAACAACAGAAGAUUGAGAAUUCGAUCUUUCAAGGAGCAUCGUGGACUUGUUUUCUUCACCAUUGGAUUUCGAUUACAGUCACAAUCACAUGUCCUAAUUUUUGAUGAUUUACUCUCUGGUUUUGGCAUUGAUAGGUUCUUUAUUCACCACGAAGAAAAACCCACAUCGGAAUUGGCUCGGAUUACUAUGAGGAGGUCACCAAGUGUUGCGUGGAGAACAUCUCAGGCUUCUGCAGAGAAUGAAGAAUUUUGUUUGAGCUCUAUCCGUAUGCAAACACAUGUACACCUCUCGGCUGCUAAUCAGGAACAUCUCAGUGGUUGGGUUAAGUCACGAAGUCUAUGGCAUUUUUGUGAUCCAAACCCAUCAGAGCAAAGCAGCCACACAUUAUUGUCUUUUACUGGGGAUUACACCUCACUGAAUCUCAACAAUGGAAGCUUCCUGGGACCAGUUGGUAGAAUCCAGUUAUCGGUUUUGAAAGCAUCUCAGCUACCUAAGAAUUGUGAGUGUGCUAGCAACAACAGAAGCAAGAAGGUGACAAAGACCUGUUGCUUGGAGAUUCUGCUCAGAACCAUAAAUGUUCCGGACACUGAAUCUGUGGAGACAGACUCUCUCUGCAGAAUCUCAACAGCUUCCUGCUUCCAGGGACCAGUUGGCAGAAUCCAGUCAUCGGUUUUGAAAGCAUCUCAGCUGCCUAAGAAUGGUGAGUGUGCUAGCAACAACAGAAGCAAGAAGCGCAGAACCAGAAAUGCUCCGGACAUUGAAUCUGUGGAGACAGACUCUCUCUGCAGAAUCUCAACAGCUUCCUGCUUCCAGGGACCAGUUGGCAGAAUCCAGUCAUCGGUUUUGAAAGCAUCUCAGCUGCCUAAGAAUGGUGAGUGUGCUAGCAACAACAGAAGCAAGAAGGUGACAAAGACCUGUUGGUUGGAGAAAUCUGGGAAGAUAUCUAUGUAUUGUGGAAACUGGGAACUAAGAGAAACCUAUUACAAAGCAGCCACACAUUAUUGUCUUUUACUGGGGAUUACAGCGCAGAACCAGAAAUGCUCCGGACAUUGAAUCUGUGGAGACAGACUCUCUCUGAAGAAUCUCAACAGUGGAAGCUAGGGUUGGAUCAGUGGAGACAGACUCUCUCUGAAGAAUCUCAACAGUGGAAGCUAGGGUUGGAUCAGUGGAGACAGACUCUCUAAAGACUUGUUAGGUUGGUCCUAGUGUUUUGUAUAUGUUUUCAAAUAUCCGUAGCUUCAUAUAUGUAUAUAUAGAUAUAGUUUUGAGAUUAAACAACAAAUGAAAUCAACUGUUUCAAGC